GAGGCGGCAAAGGCAGCAUGGCAUUUUUGCUUUGGCCCUGAUCGCUGGCACAAAAGGAGAAAAAUCUGCAUGGGGAACUGGGAAAGAUUGUGUAAUAACCAAAUUCUACCAACACAUCCUUGCCUUGGCCUUUGCUGUAAAGAAGAUCAACGAAGACACCCAGAUCUUACCUAACAUCACUCUCGGGUUCCACAUCUAUGACAGUUACUACAAUUCAAGGAUGACCUAUCGCACCACCCUGGACCUGCUUUUCAAAUCCCAGGAAUUUGUCCCUAACUACAGAUGUGAUAGCCAGAAGAAUCUCAUGGCCAUCAUUGGAGGCUUAGGUUCUGAUACAUCAUCUAAUAUAGCUGAAGUUGCAGGUUUCUACAAGGUUCCACAGCUCCAUCCAUUUCUACAUGGCAUUUCUUUUAACAAUUCGGCUGGAGAGAAAGUUUCCCUGAAUGAAAAAGGGGAAGUAAUGGGUGGAUUUGAUAUCAUCAACCUCAUCACAUUCCCCAAUCGGUCUUUUCAAAGAGUUAGAGUCGGAAUAAUUGAUCCGAGUUCUCCAACAGGAAAAGAAUUAUUCAUUGAUGAAGAUUUGAUUGUCUGGCAUCCAGCAUUUAAUCAGGUUCUUCCAAUUUCUCUGUGUAAUGACCAUUGCUCCCCUGGAUAUUGGAAGAAGGAGGCUGAAGGAAAACAAUUCUGCUGCUAUGACUGUGUUCCAUGUCCAGAAGGGAAGAUUUCAGAUGAAAAGGAUAUGGAUGACUGUUUUCAAUGUUCCGAAGAUCAUUAUCCAAAUAAAGAAAAGAAAGGAUGUAUCCUGAAACCAGUGCUAUUUUUAACCUUUGAAGAAAACUUAGGAAUUGGUUUAGCCUCAGCAGCUUUUUGUUUCUUCUUCUUGACAACUUGUGUACUUGGAACUUUUAUUAAGCACAGGGAUACUCCUAUUGUCAAAGCCAACAACCGGUCCCUCACUUACACACUACUUGUAUCUCUUCAGCUCUGCUUUAUCUCCUCUUUGUUGUUCCUCAGCCCACCUGGAAAAGUGAUCUGCCUUCUCCGGCAACCUACUUUUGUAAUCACCUUCUCAGUGGCCAUUUCUAGUGUUCUGGCCAAAACCAUCACUGUGGUUGUGGCUUUCAUGGCCACUAAACCAGGAUCUCAGAUGAGGAAAUGGGUGGGGAAAAGAUUGGCUGUUUCUAUUGUCCUAUCAUUCUCUCUCCUACAAGUAUGUCUUUGUAUUCUUUGGUUGUCAACAUUUUCCCCAUUCCCUGAGAUGGACAUGCAGUCAGAGCACCAAGAAAUAGUUUUACAGUGCAAUGAGGGGUCAGCUUUUUUCUUCUACUGUGUCUUGGGCUACAUGGGUAUCUUGGCCAUCGCCAGCUUUAUUGUGGCUUUCCUUGCCCGUAAUUUACCUGACAGCUUUAAUGAAGCCAAGUUCAUCACCUUCAGCAUGUUGGCCUUUUGCAGUGUGUGGAUCUCCUUCUUUCCAGCCUACUUGAGCACAAAAGGAAAAGCCAUGGUAGCCGUGGAGGUCUUCUCCAUCUUGUCCUCCAGUGCUGCAUUACUGGGAUGCAUAUUCCUGCCAAAGUGCUACAUUGUUGUUUUGAGACCUGACCUCAACCAUAGGGAGCAACUCAUAAAGAGGAAUUAG